CUUCAACACAUUUGCAGGCUUCAAGGUCAUGGACGCCUCGUUCUCCCGCUGCCGCCACCAGCCUUUCGUACAUGCAGCCAAGCUAACUGACGGGCAUGUAAACUGCCUUGUAGCUCUACCCCCAUGCUCACUCGAGAUCUCUCAAAAUGCACACCAGCGCUGCUUUUCAAUCCGGUUUCUUGAGCCGCAGUUAUACCACAGCUCACCCAAAUGCAACGGACCAUGGUCCCAGUUUGUCUUCAAAACUCUCGAGAUAAGAUCAAGAUGAGAGACUCGUGCUCAAGGGCAACGAAGGAGCAGAAUCUUGCUCGCAUCCGCGAAAACCAACGACGUUCUCGAGCACGACGCAAAGAGUAUGUGCAGGAACUAGAGGCGAAGAUUCGACACCACGAGAAAAUGGGAAUCGGUGCUUCUGCAGAAAUCCAAAGUGCUGCACGACGAGUGCUCGAGGAAAAUCGGCGACUUCGUGCCAUGUUACGCACCCGAGGUGUUCCAGAAAGGGAGAUAGCGGCUGCUCUGGACCAGACCUCCGCCGCGCCAGUCCUUCAGUCUAUGCUGGAUCGGAGACGGACACUUCCCAUGACUCCUACGGAACCCGCCGACGACUCUCCUACACCUGAAUUCCAACCCCAAAGAGCCGAGCUAUCGCCACCUGCUAUGGUACCUCAGCCUACUUUGCCGUUGACUAUUCCUGAAGACCUAACUCCAAACUCGCCCUUGACGAGUGUGGAUACGCCUAUAAGCGAAGCAGAAACCCCUUACUUGCCGAUCGAGACGACCCAAGCGGUUGAUAUUAAGACUGAGGCUGCCCUGGAUUACAAUCCACCAACGGAUCAGUAUUCCAGUGAUAACUGGGGUUUCCCGUCGCAGCAUCUUUAUACUUUCGAGCCCAUACCGUUCUCGUAUAGCUCGUCUUGCAUCAGUGCCGCGAAUAUCAUUCGCACCGUACAUGGAGACUGUGGACCGGAACUAGAAAUGGAUCUAGGCUGCCGAGCUGCUGGUCAAGAUUGUCGUGUUGCGAACUCGCUCAUCUUCAACGUCAUGGAGAAAUACUCAAAUCAGCCGAUUCGGAUGUGAUCCGGAUACAAAUUUCUUGUGCGACUACAGGUUACAAUUUCAGGAUCUAUGUAUGUGCUGCUACAUGGAGUAAAGGAGUGCGGCCCGGUCAUGGUCCGCUUUUUCCCGUGA